CCUCGCUCGACGUACGGGGAAGUGUACUAUGCGUUUGAGCGUUGUUUUAUGACGUUUAGUGUGUUUUUUACUGUGAAUAAUGUGAUUGUGUAGUUCGUUAUGGCAUUUAGAUAUCGCGAAGAUUUAGUCGGCAAACGAUUUCUAUCUGUGAGUGGUGUAACAAAAAUAAACGUGAAUAAAGUUUCCGAAUGGGGAUGGAAAGCUGGUGUUAUCAGAGCAGCUUCUCAUAAAGAUAACAAGAAUAGAGAACUCCAGGUUUUAGUGGAAUAUGAUGGCGUUGACUGGCAACGUCGGGAAUGGGUAGCGGUGUACUCGCGUAGGACGUUUCGUGUGUUUUUAGUUGAAAGAACUUUAGUGUGGGCGCCUAGAAAAGUAGACAAUAAAGAAGUUAAAUGGCCAGCUCUGACCUUUACUCCGUUGACUGCGGAAGUAAUUUUGCAAGCUGACGCACAGCCUGUAGAGUUUUUACAUGACAAGCAGCUGCAGUAUCUUGAUUAUGCGAACCUGCAACCAUAUCAGGAUUGGGACGCUCGUCUGGCGGGUUCAGAAGCAGGGGUGGACGGCACAACGCUGUCAGCUCUGUCGAGCGAAGCAGCGGAGUGGCGAACCGUCCAGGAUGGGCAGAGGAUCCUGACUACGACUCCCUCCGUGCUCGGGGGAUGUCGAGCCCAGGUGUACCGAGUCGCUGGCGCCACACAGUGGUACACAGCUGUCAUUGUGGGCGUCAAUGAGCAUACAGGCGAGCUGACUGUUACCGAUGAUACGGUUCUCGAAGAGCAUAGCGAAGAUCCGUCUUUGGUUCAGAUGAGACUUCUCGGCGAUGGAGUUAUUGAAUCCAUUAUGCGGGGAGAAGUCGUGGGAGUAAUGCCUAGACGAUCUCGUUCCAAUCUUCAAAGAGUGGAGCGAGAAGCGACCAAGAGUCCAGCAACCACUGGAGGUAGAAAAAAAGCAGCUGUGAGGAACAACGGGCAAAUAAACCCUACGGAACCUACUCCGCCCCAGCCAGCAGGUACAUCACCUGAGCUGGAACCAGUAGAGAGUAAUAAAAAAGGUGCCGCAAAAAGUGUGAGUGCAAGUGAUGUGGUGGAAGUCAGUGAGGAGAAGUGCGUAACGUCCGAAGUGAAGGAGAAUAGUGAAGUGAAGAGUGAAGUGAGUGUGGGCGCGGAUGUUGCCAGCGCCGUGGCCUCCGAGGAGGACGAUUGUGUGAUAGUGAGCGCGCGCGAUGCGGACGAUCGUUCCGAUUCCGGCGUGAGCGGUGUGCGGUCGGGAGGCUCGGCGAGUUCGGUGGAGGAGUGGCGAGGCAUGGCGCAUGGGUACGGCGGGGGUCCCCCUCCGCCCCUGAUGCACCUGCCGCCGCCGCCGCCCGCGCUCUACGGCGGCGAGCUGCUGUGGAAGCAGCGCUACCAGCCGCCGCUGCACGCGCCGCUGCACCACGCCAUCACGGACGACUACCUGGCGGUCGCCAACUUCGACAGAGAGAGACAUGAAAGACUGUUACGGGAACGAAGGGAACAGGAUCAGAGGGAUUUACUUGAGAAACAGCAGAAAGAGAAAGAAAGAGAACGGAUAGAAAGGGAGAGAGAACGUGAACGGGAGAGGGAGAAACAAGAGAGGGAAGAAAAGGAGAGGAGAGAACAAGAAAAUGCGGCGUCGAAAUUAGUAUCGAGGCAUUUUGAAGAAUCAUUGAGGCUCGCUAAUCAGAAGCGGGAACGCAGUAUGUCGUGGUCGCUUCUGAAUAACAUAGCGCCGAAUCGAGGAGGAGGACCGGAACACGAUAGGCUUCGAGCGCAAGAGCGCGCGUAUUAUUCACCGCCCUCGCAUCCACCGGACAGGCUCUCGCAGGCUGAAUAUGCACACGCACAGCACGCCUCUCACGCACCACAUGCUCCACAUUCGCAGCAUACCCCUAGACAUCCUCUUGCAAAACCGGACAAACCUCCACCGCAUUCUGUCCUGCCCAAGGGAGAACCUAACUUCGCCUCUUAUAAUUACCCUCCUUAUCGUUACGAUAAACUCAAAGAUCCGCACUUACCGGCGCCGCCUCCCUUAGUCCCCGAAAAAAAUUCUGUGAUAGUCAAACACGACGCCAAACAGAUCCACCUAGAGCAAAAGCACCCCUAUCCUAGUAAGCCAAGAAGCGAGCCGCCCCCGCACUACCUCUCGCGGCCGUACCGGACCGGCCUGUCGCCGCACGCGCCGCCGCACCCGCACCCGGCUCUGCAGACGUCGCCUCACGCGGCUCUUCCAGCUCAGGAUAAAAAUCGCCGGUUAUAUCAGCCUCCUCCGCCCCAGCGGUCACCCGCCGCUUACUACCAAACCGCCCCACCCGUUAAACCCAAAGUUUCAAGUCCGGCGCCACCUCACAUUUACGGCAAACCCAGUAAUUCACCUAGCCCCGCACACUUCGGUGUGGCGGGUGAACCACCUCUUCCAUUGACGAAGGCGGAACUCCCCCCGGUACCUUACCCUCCUCCUUCAGCGUAUUCACCGGCUCCCCGGACUAGGCCUCCUCCAGUCGCUCAUUCGCGAACACCGGAACCUCGCCCGAUACCACGAGCGCACGGUGACACGGCUACCUCCACGUCUCCGUGCCAAACGCAACCUCUCGACCUAGGCGUGACGCGAGAUGAUCCCGAUCGGUUAUCACCGAGGAGGAGAUGUCCCUUCGAAUCCGUCGAUUCAGAAGCUAAAAGGCGGCGGCUCGAAAGUCCCGCACCGGAGCCAUUAAUAGCGGCAGCGGCGAGCGUCGGUCGAACUCCUCUGGGUUCCGAACCUGCGCCGCAAGCGCCGGGUCCCCCCUGCGAUGUCAGAGUUCCCUCUGCUGACGGUAGCAUAGAAACACCAGAGAAGGCCGCCGGCGCUUCACCGGCACCUCAAAUAACGCCAUCGGCGAGUCCAGCACCCGUUACGACGCCAGUACCACAGAUAGCCGCAUCACCUCCAAUUAGUUUAGCACCUCCGACGACGUCGACACCGCCAGCUCCGCCGGCGACGCCACCAGUGACGACUGUCGCAGAUAGUGAAACACCAGCUAAAAUAGCUUCUCCUAGCCCCCGAGAUGGCGCAGCGCCCGUUCGACAUCUAGGAAAGAAAGCCUGGUUGCAGAGACACGAAACUGCUCCUAUCGGUGAAGGCGACUGCUCCGGUGGAGGAGGAACUUGUAUAACCCUGCCUAUGACCUUAAGCCGUAUGUCUGAACCGGACGAUUCUAGCUCAAAUAUUGUCGUCCCGGUGGCGGCGAAAUCCAUUCAAAGAGGGGCGCGUAAAACGUCAAAACCCAGAAAGCCAAAGGAAGUCAACGGUCGAGUGGACGACGCGGAAGAGGACAGUUCCAGUUCAGACAGAGAGCCGAGCUCGCCGCCCAAGCGCAAACCGCCAAAAGCGAAGCGGAAAAAAGGGGCGGUGAAGAAGGCGAACGACGAACCGAAGAAGAAGAAAGCGUCCGAAAGUGGUAGUGAAAGUGAUAAAGAGAGUGAUGACAAAGACUCUGACUCGGGCGGCAGUGGCAGCGGCAGCGGGAGCACGUCCAGCAAGCGCGGCGGCAGCAGGGCGCGGGGGCGCGGGUCGCGGGGCGGGGGGCGCGGCGGCCGGCGGCGGGAGGACCCCCCGCGCCGAACGCCCUCCGCCGCGCGCCCCAAGCCCAGCUCCGAGUCGUUCCUGCAGAACGGCCCGUGUUUCGAAGUGGCCCCGCGCCUCGCCAAGUGCCGCGAGUGCCGCUGGUCGCCCGCUCAACGCGACAAAGAUAUGCCGAACAUAUUUUGCCGCUUCUACGCUUUUCGAAGACUGAAAUACGCAAAGAAUAGACAAUUAGCUAUAGCCGGAUUUUCCGAUCCGUAUAAGGAUGCCGAAGAGGAGGAUAAUAAACUAUGGUUAUCAUCAUCAGCGGGUGCCGCUGAAUUAGACAUAGAAAUGAGUUGCUUCUUAUUGAGAGAAAUUGGAGACCAAUUCUGUGAAUUGUUACAACAAGAAAAAGAAGCAGAAUCACAUCAUUUAAAUGAAGAUAAGACGAUAGCAUGGAAACGAGUUGUGCAAGGCGUACGGGAGAUCUGCGACGUUUGUGAAACUACGCUGUUUAACUUCCAUUGGACUUGUGGCAAAUGUGGUUUCGUCGUCUGCCUCGAUUGCUAUAAGUCAAGAGCGUCGGGCGAAUCUGGUGGAAGUCCAGCUAGUGAUACCAAUAAUUCAACAAAUGCGGCCACGAAUGGCGAAAGAGAUACAUUCGGUUGGCUAACCUGCACGUCAGGCGGCGCGCACCCGCUCCGCCGUUUGCUGCUCACGCAGAUAGCGGCGGGCGGCGCGCUGGCGGCGGCGGCGGCGCGGGCUCACCGCGCGCGCGCCGCCUUCAGCCUGCCGCCCUGCGCCUGCGGGCUGGCCGCCGCCGCGCCGCCCUCCCAGCGCGCGGCCGCCAGGCGCCUGCUGCAACAGGCGCUGCAGAAGAACAUCAAAAAAGAGGAUGUAAAAGAAGAGAACAGCCCCACCAACGGCUCGUCACCAGUGAAAUCCGAGAACGGCAAGACCGGCAGCUCAAUAGUCAGCUGGCUCUCGGACAUACCGCUAAAAACGGAAACAAAAACAGAAAAGUCCGACUCGAGUUCCUCAGAUUCAGAAGAGAGUGGAAACUUCUCGACGUUACGCGAGCUGUUAAUACGACCUGCCCCGGAAGGCGGUGAAGCGCAGCCUAAGAAAAAACAAAAGAAGAACAAGAGUGACUUACUCGAUGACGUCAUAUCAAGCGUCAUAGAUGAGAAGAAAGACGACGACGCGGAAGUGAAGCCGUUCGCGUUGUCCAACGUUGUGAAGCGGUACGAGCGCGGGCGGGGCCGGGAGGAGCUGCCCGUGCGCAUCAUGACGCUCACCGAGUCGAAGGUGCUGUACCCCGACGUGCCGCACUCGUGGCUCUGCGACGGGAAACUGCUGCACCUCACUGACCCCACUCAUCCCGGGAACUACAAACCCUUCCAGGAUCAAUGGAAACGUGGACAACCAGUACUCGUUUCGGACGUGUCCAGCCUACUCGACAAAGACCUGUGGUCGCCCGAGAGUUUCUCCAGAGAUUUCGGCGACACGAGAGUCGACCUCGUGAACUGCGCGUCCGGCCUGGUGGUCCCCAACCAACCCGGCAAGAAGUUCUGGGACGGCUUCGAGCUCGUCGCCAAGAGACUGCGCGACGAACGGGGAGCCCCCAUGGUGCUCAAAGUGAAAGACUGGCCGCCCGGCGAAGACUUCGCCGAGCUGCUGCCCACGCGGUUCGACGACCUCAUGCGCGUGCUGCCGCUCAGCGAGUACACGUCGCGCAACGGCAAGCUCAACCUCGCCGCGCGGCUGCCCGACUGCUUCGUGCGGCCCGACCUCGGGCCCAAGAUGUACACGGCGUACGGCGGCGCCGGCGGCACCACCAACCUGCACCUGGACGUGAGCGACGCCGUCAACGUGAUGGUGCACGCGAGCGCGCCGGGCGACGCGCCCGAGCGCGCGCGCGAGGCGGCCCGCGCGGCCGAGGAGGCCGGCGUGGACCUGCUGUCCCGCAAGCGCGCGCGCGUGCGCCCGCCCGCCGCGCUGUGGCACAUCUACGCGGCGCGCGACGCGGACAAGAUCCGCGACUUCCUAGUCCGGGCCGAGGUGGAGCGCGGCGCGCGGCCGCGGGCGGCGCACGACCCCGUGCACGACCAGACGUGGUACCUGGACGCGGCGCUGCGCGAGCGCCUGUACCGCGAGUACGGCGUGGAGGGCUACGCCGUGCUGCAGUGCCCGGGCGACGCCGUGUUCGUGCCGGCCGGCGCGCCGCACCAGGUGCGCAACCUGCUCGACUGCAUCAAGGUGGCGGAGGACUUCGUGUCGCCCGAGAACGUGUCGCGCUGCUUCGAGCUGGCGCAGCAGUUCCGCCGGCUGUCGCGGCAGCACGCCAACAAGGAGGACAAGCUGCAGAUCAAGAACAUCGUGUACCACGCGGUGAAGGACUCGCUCUGCUGCCUCGAGGAGGCGCUCGCCGACGCCAAGUGAGGGGCCCCGGGCUCCCGCAUCUGAUCUCAACUUCGAACGUAACGAUAUCGUUAAGUUCCGCAUUUAACGUAAGAUUGGAGCGAGUGUGAUAGCGCUGUGCGCCGUGUGAGAGAGCCGUGGAGCGCGGAGCGGAUAGUGUACCAGUUUUGUGUGUAAAUGUACUCGAAAUGUGAUUUAGUCCGACGACCGCGUUCGGAGCAUGUGCAAUGUAAAUUAGUCUGAAUAUGGUGAUAUUGUUGAGGUGUGGAUAUGUUUUAUGUUCCUUAAUCGAAAUACAAAUAAACUCUUCUGGUUAUUGAUACAGCUUAAUUGUAGCUAUAGUGAUAUGUAUGUAUUGUGUAAAUUUUUUAAUUCGAAUUCCAUCGAGUACAUAUUAAGAAGUCUUGUAAUUUUAAGUUAUUAUAUUGAAAUAAAAACGUAUUCGCUCGAAGCAUUGUACAUUAAACACGGCGUGUAGAUAAGUUUCUCCUAUAUUAGAUUUCUCAAUUCGGUUGGUAUGUUACAGAAUGAAUAGUUAAACAAAAUAUGUGACAAUUUUAUUUUGUCCUUAUUGCUGUAUUAGAUGAAAGCAAGUUUUUUUUUGUACUGUGUAUAUUAUGUAUGGUUAUAAGUUGGAAUAAAAAAGAUGUUUAUAUUA